CCAUGGACGAGGACGGGCUGCCCAUCGUGGGCUCCGGCAUCGACCUUGCCAAGGUUCCUGCUAUUCAGCAGAAAAGAACUGUAGCGUUUCUAAACCAGUUUGUGGUUCACACAGUGCAGUUUCUCAACCGAUUUUCUACUGUUUGUGAAGAGAAAUUGUCAGCACUUUCUCUCCGUAUCCAACAAAUUGAAACAACACUCAACAUUUUGGAUGCAAAGUUGUCUUCUAUUCCUGGCCUAGAAGAUGUCAAAUUUGAAGKGUCCAGUGUCAGUAUGAAUAGUGUUACAAAUGGUCCUGUUGCACAAGCUACUACAGAUCAACAGACAGCUGUAUCGCCUCAAUCUGGAAGCAGUGUACCUGAAGAAGGGUUGCAGAAAACAGAAGUAGUAACAGAAAAUACCAGAUCAGUUGCCAAGGAUCCAAGAUACGCCAGAUACCUUAAAAUGGUACAAGUGGGUGUUCCAGUAAUGGCAAUAAGAAACAAAAUGAUUUCUGAGGGGCUAAAUCCAGAUCUUCUUGAGACCCCAGAUGCCCCUGUGCCUGCCUGGGGAGAUGAUGGGAAUGCAGAAGAGAGUUCUGAUAGUGAAUCCUCAUUCAGCGACUAAAGAGACUGGUUUCAACUGUUGGAAGCUUCUGCUCAGUGCUAGUGUGUUCAAAGCUCUAGCAGAGAAAUGUUAUGUUUGGGCCACAUGGGAGGCGAUUUAUCUGAUGGCUUUUCUUAGCACUCAGAUCCUCCAGAUUCUCUCACAGAAAGUCUGAACAGGCAGAGUUUUCGACCUGAGCCUUUCCACCACACGAAUUUAUCAUGAGGUCCUUUGAAGUUGUUGAUAGUGCAUUAUUUCAGAUUCUUUAUGGUUCUUCUGAAAUUACUACAAAUUCCACAGCUCUGAAAGUCUAGUUCACUAAAACCGUGUUGUGGUCAUUAGUGGACUUUCUGUGUAACAAGAUUGUCUAAGUUGCCAUCUUUCUGUCCCAUAACUUACAAGUAAGGGAAAUUUUCAAAUGAAAUUGUUAAUUGUAAACUGCAAUUUUUAAUAAUAUACUGUAUACUGAUAGAACAACUGUGGUGAAACAAGAAUUUCACAGAAGAGUCAACUACUGUGUGGUGAUACAAAUCAGUGAUAUUCCAUUUGGAGAGAAAUUGAACAAGUAGAAARUACAGUUAAUCUGGAUGUGUUUUCAAAGUGUACAUUAUUCCUCUGUUUCACUUGCAUGAAUUAACAGAAAUUCCUGMUCUGUGGAAAAGUCCAUUUAUCAUGUUACAGUGGUGCACAGAGCUGCAAAUUUGCAAGAUUCUUUUGAAAAUGUCACCAUUGAAGUGAGCAAGGGGGAGAUUAUUAGUGAAAUACCAGAGUCUCACUGCUUGUUCGCUGUUCAGUACAAGUCAGUAGAAGCCACUUUCUGACAGCUGUUUGGGUCGUUUGAAAUGAGCUGUGGCUUUGCAGUUCAUAGAGGAUAAGAAAUCACCUCCAGGUUGAUGUCAGUGGUGGUAAUUUCAGCAAAGAAAUCAAAGUAGAGUUUAUACAAUGAUAAACUUCCUCAACCUCUUGAAGUAUGCGUUGACAAAAAAUGUGAAGAAUUCACUGGGACCCAAACUCACCCACAAGAUGGAUCAUCUCUUUUCCCUCCAAAGCACUUAAUCUAUGACAUGAGUAAAAAAUGACAUUUCAUUAAAGAAUUUUCUUUUAUAUAAUUUGUUCCACAUGGAAUUCUUGCUAUCUGUUUGAAUUCCUCAGAUUACUGUGAUUAUACCAGAAUGUUGUGGGCCAGGCAGUCAUUCACUUUCUGCUAUUUCACAUUCUUUCUGAGAUCAAGAAAAUACUAACAUUGUAGCUCUGAGGAUAUAAAUUUGUUAACUUUUAUGACUGAGUCAUUAUCUCYUCUCUUAGUUAUUUAUGCCACUUCCAUAGGUUAACUGUUUUUUUCUGUAACUUAAGUAUGGCGCCCAUUUGCGUCUAGCCGAUGUAAUUAAGCUCUUCAUAACUUGUAUAUCAAAACAAUACAUGAAUCCCUAGAAUAUAAUAUAUACUUUAGAGAAUGUCUAGAGAUGAUAUUUCAGUAAAGAGUUUUUACU